GAUCUCUCAAACGUGCCGACGUCAGACUAUGUCACUGCACAGGUCAGUAACCCUGGGGACUACAUACGCCUCAGCGUCCGCAAGGUUGGAGAGACUAGCCAAGUCUUCAGCGAGGGCUGGACGAAGCUGGCCUGCGAUCUCACUCUGACGCCACUGGCAGACAGCAGCCUGGUUCUUGAGCCUUGGCAUGCCUUGGGCCUGGAGUAUCUUGAUUUUAAGGAAAUGCAGGUCAAGAAUUUCACGUCCACGCUGUGGCAGCUUGCCAGUGACAUCUACAUGACCGGCCAGAUCGCUUUCCAAGCGCCGACGGUGACCGGGCUAUUCACAAGAGAUGCAAGUGGAACAGCAUCCGAUUCUGUCAUCGUGGAGCAGGUCAUGACCUCUGAUCCGGUCUUCUACAUUCAGGGGAGGAACUUCCCGAGCCUUGAUGACGAUGCCAUCUCCCUGACCUACGUGGACUCCAAAGUCUAUCAGCUCUGGAAGUGCAUCAUCACUCCAUGCCUUGAUGCUCGCAACAUCCCUUCGGAUCCUACAGUCGUCCUCCAACUUGGAGAACUUCGAUCCGAUGCCGUGCUCCGUGCCUGGGCAGCAAGUGGAGAGCUGACGCUCCCACAGCCGCAGAUCUCCAGCAUCACCCCGGCAGUAAUCUUUGACGCUGGCUCGGGCUACUCCGAGAUUGAAAUCCACGGGCUCUCUUUUGGUGAGUAUUUGGCAGCAGACGGGGACUUUGAGGCAGCCUGCGCGGCCUGGCAGACAAAGCUGAAUGGUUUGUUGGCUGCAGAGGAUGCAGGGCGGCUGAGCGUUGCAGACACGAUUCCGGCCCUACAGAUGCUUGGAACUGCCAGCGUCACGGUAGCCGUGACCUUGAAGGUGGGAUCGCUUGAGGAGGCGAACAAGCCCACUUUGGCAACGCAGAUCUCAACCUGCGAGCAGGAGGGGUACUAUAGAACAAGCGAGGACAGUGAUCAAUGUGAGCCUUGUCCGAAAGGCACCUACUCGACCCAAUUCUCCGACCAGUGGCCACUGGGGUGCACUUUCUGCCCCUCUACGUCCUACCAGGAUCAGGUUGGGCAGACCACUUGUCUAGCAUGUCCGGCCAAUACCUUUUCCGUUCCGCCAGCCGUGUCUCUGGAAGACUGCCGUUGCAAAAAGGGGUACUAUUCCCCGGUCUAUGACGACACUCAGACAUAUGGCAAGCCUGGCUAUGCCUGCGUGGCCUGCAACACUGAAGACUUCACGACACAGGCAAUGGACGACGAGCCAUGCACCAUCGAUGUUCAGGGAACCUUGUGUGACGAGCCAAUCAGCCAAGUUUGCGUGCCGAAGGUGGCAGGCUCCUUUGACUAUCGGCUUUGCAUGCUCUACUGCCCUGGUGGUACGAUGCUGCCGCUGGCAAAGCCAUAUUUCUACAUCUCCAAGGCUCAAGCAGCCACCACCAUACAAAACCCGGGCGUGACUGAGUAUAAGCCUGUGAUUGAAUCGUGCCUGCCUGCCAGUGCAUGUUUGAACGGGAAUCAGUGCAGCACUGGCUACGAAGGCGCAAACUGCGGCAGCUGCGUUUGGAAGUAUUAUCAGGAUCCGGAAACGAACGCAUGCAUCCGAUGCGGCGAGGAACAGGUGAUCGGCACAUUGAUGUUUAGCGCAAUGGGCGUCUUUGGAACGUUUGGAGCCUUCUUCCUUUCUCUCCUUUACUUGAGGAAGAUGCUCUCUGAUCCCAUCUUCAAGGGCCAGAUCAAGCUGUACAUUGCGCGCCGCUGGGUUGGGAAGUUUGUGUCUGAAGAAGAUGCUGCAGACUUGUGGCGAGCUUUUCUUUCUGGUGCAGGUGGUGGAAAUCCACUGGUGAAAAUCAUUGACAAGUUCCGCUUCAAGCGUGUAACUCUGAUCAUCCGUAAGCAAGACAUUGCCGGCUACCCGGCUCAGCCAGGGAUGAAGACAGGCUACUGGCCUUACUUCCAGAACAAAGACCUCGGCUUUGUCUUUCGCGUGGACAAGGAUCGAACCAUCCACGUAGCUGGUGUCCGGAACAGGCGGCUCGGUGUCAUUUGGACAGAUGUUGGCUUGCCCGGGAUCUACUGCCUUUUUCGAGCUCCUCGGACAGAGAAAGGCGAUGAGGAAGCAGAGCUGGACACUUCAGAUGCCAAAGAUACUCAGCCGAAACAAAACGCGCAUCGGGAGCUGAGCGCUUCUGGUGUUCGGCUCAUCACGAUGUCCCUGUCCAUCAUGCAGUCCUUCAAUGGGAUCGGGCGCAUAGACCUGGAGUGGCCAGAACUCUUCACAAGGAUCAUGGAGGUGAUCGCCAACCUGUCCUUCAACUUCAACUUCUUUCAACCAGACUGCAGCGUGUCAAGCCCGUAUUGGCAGAACUGGAUCAUGUUCGCUGUAAUGCCUUACCUCCUGAUGUUCCCCAUCACAUGCUCUUUUCUGGUGGUGAAGUUCCUCUCCUUUCGCCAGAGCCGUGGCGACCCACAAUACCGUGAAGUGCAAGGAUGGCUGCUGCUGAACGCCUGGGGCAGGUCGAUGCUGACCAUCCUUUUUCUCUUUAUCCAGCAGCACAUGACGCAGCUCAGCAUUCCAUUCCAGUGCAAGUCUAUGGCAGAUGGAUCUCAAGUACUGGUGGCAUCUCAAGAUAUUGAAUGCAGCCUGGCUGAUGAGAACUACCAGCUACUCUUCGGAAUUGCAACGAUGGGAGACCGCAUUCCCAUCUAUGUUGCUGCCGUUGAGAUGAGCGUGGAGAAUAUGAGGGGAUGGGUUGAAGCAGUUCGAAUACGUGUUCUGAGCAAUAUUGUGGCAGUCCGCACCUACCCGACGGCCAGGGACAACGAAGCGGCAGAAAAGCGAAUGCUGAUGGAGGCCAAGAUGAAGCAACGUGGAGCCGCUGUGGUACCAGACAGCACGGACAAGAAUGGGAAGGACCUGAACAAAGAGCUGGCGGACAUGAGGCGGCGCAAAGCAACUUUGGAGGAUGAGGUCAACCUGAAGGAGAUCAAGCUGAAGUGGAAAAACAAGGAGCGUUUCACUGAGAAGGGUUCCUGGCCGGACCAGCUGGAUGGCAGCUACUUAACAUACGGCUGGGUCCUGAUCUUCAGCAGCUUCUUCCGUCAAUUCGCUCUGAUGCUUUCUGCCCUGAUGGCUGUGGAGUUUCCACCUUUCGGGGCUGCUGCUCAGUCCCUGGUUUUCAUGAUCAACUUCGCUGCCUUGAUCCUCCUCUUCCCGUACACUGCGAGGCUACUGAACAUCGAGGAGUCCGUCCUUACGGGAUGUAUGGCGUUCCUGACCUUCAUGGCUGCCUUCAAGGAGAUGGUCUCUAAACACAAUAAAGCCAGCCAGUACCAGAGCACCAUCGACGCAACAGGGACACUAAUUGAUGUCCUUGUGCUAAUCAUCGUGACCAUCAUCAGCGGCACCAUGGUCUUCAACGCGUACGUUAUCCUUGGUGGCGCUGUGAAGACCGAAUCAGACGAUCAAAUUCUUAACAAGGCUUACUUCGAAACAGCCAUGCAGCAAGAGCGACUGCGAGAGGAGGAGGAGCGUGGUAACUUCCACCGACAAAUGGAGGAAGAGGCCAGGGAAGAGGAAGAUGCCCACGACGCUGCCUUUUGGAACGACCCUCUGCAGGCUGUGGAGAAGGAAUGCACUGGACUGAAGUUGAUACCAUUGCCCGACACUGAAGCUGCAGAGUUGGACAAGUGCAUCAGCUCGAUAACCAGCCCCUUUGUGGAAGAGCUGCGGGAGAAACGGGACGCAUUCGAGCGAACCAUGCAGGAGAAGAAGGAGGCACUCCAGACUCGGGAGCAGAUGGAGGCAGAAGAGCUUAGACAGAUGCGCUGGGAGGAGUACAGGCAGAAGAAAUCCGAAAUUUAUUGGGCGGCACGCGAAGCAGAAGAGCGCGAGUGCAUGUUCCACGAAGAUCCGCGACGUCAGCACGAGGCCUUUUUGCAGGAGGCCUUGCUGCUGGCGGAGCAGUACGAGCAAGAUUGCAUGGAGAGAGCAGAGCGCGAACAACGCGAGGCCACUGAGAACUGCUGCCAACAAGUCGGUGUCAAGUGUCAAGCCCAGAGUUCUCUGGCAACCCCAGGUGCUACGAAGAGAGACAGAAUAAAGCUGCGACUGCGCAAUGCCUUCAGCAGCAUGUGCUGUGCGGUAGGUGGAGGAGUGGAACGCCAACCUUGA